UGAAUUGGCACCUGUUAAACGCACAAAGGAAUUCGGAAAGACAGUCGUCAGUACUGAGUUCGAAUACGCUUUUUGGGUCCGGGACCAGAGAGACGCAGACGGGGAGCACCGAAUUAUCGAAUCGAAACACGAGACACGGGAGAAAUGCCUAUCGACCAAAAAGCUCUUGCGACGGAAUUACCGAGUACGAAACCCAGGAGACCUAG